UCAGCUUCCGUCGUCUGCUUGCGUCGCAUCGGGAGCUGGAGGGCGGCGCACGUGACAAGUACUGAUAGCCAGCGUCGUGAUCUAAAAAAGUGCAAACAUGACUGAUAAGAUGGUAGGAAAGUGGAAGAUGGAAUCAAGCGAGAACUUUGACGAGUAUAUGAAAACUCUGGGCGUGGGCUUCAUGAUGCGCAAGAUGGGCAACACGCUUGUGCCGACGGUGGAGAUCACGGAAGCGGACGGCGAGUACGAGCUCAAGACCGUCACUACGUUCAAGACCACCGUCAUCAAGUUCAAGCUGGAUGUGCCGUUCGAGGAGGAGACGGCUGACGGCAGGAAGGUGCAGGCCACUAUGACAAUGGACGGCAACACCCUGGUGCACGAGCAAAAGGGCAACAAGGAAAAAGAGGAGAAGGACUCAGUCCUCAAGCGCACCUUCGAUGGCGACACCAUGACGCUGACGUGCACCGUGGACGACGUCACCGCCACGCGUGUCUACAAGCGGACCCCGUAGAGGCGCCGCCCCGGGCCGACUGUACUCGCCAAGUACGCGCUCGCGCUUCCCCAGUCAGCGGAGCUAGUCAGCGCCGACUGGGCGCCGCCGCCCCCCCCCCCCCCCCCCUGACGUCUGUUUCUGGUUCGUGUCGCGAUGUUAUUCGGAGCUGUAAUCGGAAUUUGUCGCGCGCAGCGCGGCCGGCCGGACCGGCGGCGCGUGACCCAGACACGCGACCGAGACGGCCGCGCCUCGAGCGACGUUUUGUAUUCGUAACCCCACCGCGCCCGGAGAAUCUCAAUACACUCGCCGACAUGUUGUA